GAUAAGUUGGCGGCUCAUUCCGCUGUGGCGACCCCUGGUGAAUAAAAGGUCUAAGGAAAGGAGGCCGAAGGAAAAAGAAUGAAUGAAGACAUAAUGGUGUAGAACAUUCUGCUUCCUCGUUUAAACGCUGGUCGGCGCCAGCACCUUUCGAUCCUUUUCUAGAUGUUUAAUCAAACCACGCCGCUCACAAGCUUGUUUUUUCGUCAUUUCCUACGUAAAACGGCGUAGAAGGCCUAAGCGACUGGUUUCAAAACGACAGCAACCAAUAAAAGACUCCAAUAUUCAAACGUCAUUUUAUUGACACGAAAUCGACUAAUAGGAAGAAGGAAUCUUUAAGCCGGAAACCCCCACUCCAGCCAAUGAACAGUUAGAGAAGGUAGCAGGUUGGGCUGUACGACGUUCCGCCCUUCUCCUCUUUGUGACCAACGCUGCGUGUGUUACUGGAGCGGAUUAAUAACUCGUAUAAAAGAUGCAAGGAAACAGAGGACCCCGUUCAGAGCAGCAGAAUCACGGCCCACAGCGACAGCAGCCCAACCCCCAACAGGAGCAGCAGAGGAAGCCCACCGGAGCCGACAGCAAUGGACAACACACCGAUGCUGGAGAGCAGAGCAGCCCUAAUGCUGGUUUCACUAUAGACCUGCAGAACUUCAAGAAGCCUGGUGAGAAGACCUACACGCAGAGAAGUCGGCUGUUUGUGGGCAACCUACCUGCUGGGACCACAGAGGAAGAUGUGGAGAAGCUUUUCUCCAAGUAUGGCAAGGCUUCUGAGAUUUUUAUCAACAAGGAUCGAGGCUUUGGCUUCAUCAGGCUGGAAACGAAGACGCUUGCGGACAUCGCAAAAGCUGAACUGGAUGACACCAUAUUCCGUGGACGGCAGAUUCGUGUGCGAUUUGCCACCCAUGGUGCUGCGCUGACGGUUAAAAACCUGCCUCAGUUUGUGUCCAAUGAGCUUCUGGAGGAGGCCUUCUCCAUGUUUGGUCCCAUCGAACGUGCCAUAGUCAUCGUUGAUGACCGUGGCAGGCCAACUGGGAAGGGAAUUGUGGAGUUUGCUAACAAACCAUCUGCCAGGAAAGCUCUGGACCGGUGUGGAGAUGGAGCUUUUCUUCUUACUGCAUUCCCCCGGCCUGUUACCAUUGAGCCAAUGGAGCAGCUUGAUGAGGAAGAGGGGCUUCCUGAGAGACUCAUUAACAAAAACCCAGUAUAUCACAAAGAGCGUGAGCAGCCUCCCCGCUUCGCCCAACCAGGCUCAUUUGAGUACGAGUAUGCAAUGCGCUGGAAGGCCUUAAUGGAAAUGGAAAAGCAGCAGUACGAACAGGUCGACCGAAACAUAAAAGAGGCUAAAGAGAAGCUGGAGACUGAACUGGAAGCUGCACGGCAUGAACACCAAGUCAUGCUAAUGCGACAAGAUCUUCUGCGCAGACAGGAAGAGUUGAGGAGAAUGGAGGAGGCUCACAGCCAGGAGGUGCAGAAACGCAAACAGAUGGAGCUGCGUCAGGAGGAGGAGCGGCGGAGGAGGGAGGAGGAGCUCCGGGCCCAUUCUGAGGAGCUGAUGAGGAGACAGCAGGGCCAGGGAGGCAACUUCUCUGAGAAGAGGGAUCCUGAUAUGAGGAUGCAUAUGGGAGGUCAGGGAAUGGGCAUGAACAGGAACCCGAUGGGUGGAAAUGCCUCAAACACAGGCUCUACCAACUUGACUUCUAAUGAGCAGGGAGCUUCUGGUAAUCCAGGUGGUCUUCCUCUUCCCUUCCCUCGUCCUGGACCUAAUGAUUUUGGCGCCAACAAACGCCGCAGAUUCUGAGACCACCGGCCAAACCUCUUUAGUUUUUUUCCUUCUUUUUUUUUUUUUUUUUUUACAUACUGUAAAAUAUUUUAAGUGCAAAUUGUGGUUUUGUAGAGCCUGAGAUGAAUUUGUGUAUUCAAAUCUUUUAAUCAGGUUUAAGUUUUAAGUUCCUCUGAUCUCCCAUCCCCUUUAACAUCUGAAGAGAUGUUUCCAGAAACUAAUUGAGCCCAGUUCUGGGGGAAAAACCCUCACGGUUAUGAUUUCUUACUAUAGAGAGUCUUCAUCUGUGAACAGGGAUUUACUUGUGCUUGGAAACAGCUCCAGGGUGGAUAUUUCAGCAUUGUAUAGCCCUAUUUUUGUCAUAUUUUUAUUAAUUUUGUCUCUUUUGUAUUUCACCCAGCAGUGACUUUUUCUAAAGUAGAAAUUAGCUAUUGUCCGUCUCUUGUCCUCUGCAAUGCUUGCCUUUCUAGACAACUUUAAAUAAAUUCAUAACUACAUGUUACACACA